AUGCCAGAAGUAUCGAGAUCACAGUUCAGUUUUGAGCUACCAGAUACAGUUGUCCCAGGUCAAUUAAUAUGUCCUGAAUGCGAUGUUUGCCAAACGGAUGGCAAAAACAUAGUGUAUCGAUUUGUUAGUGGUCAUGGAACAAUGACUCAAACAUAUAAUAAAGCAGGAACGCAGGUCGCAGCGAUUUCCGCCACUUUAGUUGGCUUUGUAAAAGUGCAGGAGGAGUUACGCGAUCUUUCAGAUAAUGAUGAACCUCAAGAAGAAGUGGACACUAUGAAAGAUGCAGAAACAAAUGUUGUCAGGGUUGAGAAGGUCAUAACCAUAUCUGUGUUACAGAAUGGUACCAAAAUGAAUAUUGAGUCUUCAAAUAAUGAUUUCGCUAAUAAUUUACCAAAAGAGGGAGAUAUUGUCUUAACGAGGGUGACACGAAUAUCGCAGCAGAGAGCGAACGUCGAAAUCCUAGCGGUUGAAAAUGCAGCGAUUCCAGUCGAUAGUGGAAUAGGGAGCAAUGGACUGGGUGUAAUAGCUGCACAAGGUGGAUCUGGAGCUGCAACAUUUUCCAUUGCACAAGCGUCGUCUGACUUGGGUGAAAUGUUUAGAGGUAUCAUAAGGUCACAAGACGUACGUGCUACGGAAAGAGAUACUGUUAAAAUAAUAAACUGUUUUAAGCCUGGUGAUAUUGUGAGGGCACAAGUAUUAUCGUUAGGUGAUGGAACCAACUAUUACUUAUCGACAGCAAGAAAUGACCUUGGUGUUGUAUUCGCAAAAGCAGCGAAUGGAGCUGGCGGCUUAAUGUACGCCUUAGAUUGGCAGACUAUGUGUGUUCCAAGUAGUGGCGCUACAGAAAAUAGGAAAUGUGCGAAACCUUUCUAA